AUGCAUCCUAGCGAUUAUGGGAGUCGAUCUUUAUUUGUGAUAUUAGCAGCAAGACACGAGUACAAGUCACAACAUGAAUUGGUAUCUUCUGCUGACAAUGACAGUGAUAUUGCGCUGGAUUGCAAAGGGAAUCCUGCUGACAAGUCUAAAACUGGUGGUUGGCUUGCAGCGGGACUCAUUUUAGUAACUGAGCUCUCCGAAAGAAUAUGCGUGAUAGGGAUAUCAAUGAAUUUAGUCACAUAUCUGCAUGGAAUACUGCAUCUUACCGCAUCAGAAUCUGCGAAUAUUGUGACAAACUUCAUGGGGUGUCUUAAUAUGCUAGCCCUUUUUGGAGGUUUCUUGGCAGAUGCUAGACUGGGUCGUUACUGGGCUAUCAUUUUAUUUGCAUCUAUAUGUGCUGUCGGGGUGUCAUUUUUGACGCUAGCAACCACCAUCCCUAGUUUGAGGCCGCCUCCAUGUGACGAUGAUGGCAAACAAAUAUGCAUAAAGGCCAAUACAAGUCAACUUUUAAUGCUGAACAUAGCCCUUUACACCAUAGCACUUGGUGCUGGUGGAAUAAAGUCAAACGUUUCAGGAUUUGGGUCUGACCAGUUUGACAAGUCGAAUCCAAAAGAAGAGAAAGCAAUGGUCUACUUUUUCAACAGGUUCUACUUCGGCAUUAGCCUUGGGUCACUUUUUGCAGUAACAGUAUUGGUGUAUAUACAAGAUAAUGUGGGCAGAGGAUGGGGGUACGGGAUAUCUGGUGGAACAAUGGUUCUAGCUCUCAUUCUUCUGCUGAGUGGGACAAGUUUUUAUCGAUACAAGAAACCUCAAGGGAGCCCGUUAACUAUUAUAUGGAGGGUCCUGGCUUUGGCUUGGAAGAAUAGGAAACUUAAUCAUCCCGAGGAUCCUAGCUUCUUGAAUGGUUACAACUCCUCAAAAGUACCAUAUACAGCGAGAUUCAGGCGCCUUGACAAAGCUGCAUUAGUGGGAGAUGAUAGCAAGUUUACAGAUGUAGAUAGAAGCAACCCGUGGAUCGUAUCAACAGUAACUCAAGUUGAAGAGGUGAAAAUGGUGAUAAAGCUCAUUCCUAUAUGGUCAACAGGCAUUCUCUUCUGGACGGUUUAUUCUCAGAUGAAUACUUUCUCCAUUGAGCAAGCAACUAUCAUGGAUCGAAAAGUUGGUAAUUUUGAGAUGCCUGCAGGCUCAUUCGCCUUCUUCCUAUUCAUGUCCAUUCUGCUAUUUACAUCUAUUAAUGAACGGGUCAUUGUUCGUAUUGCUCGAAAGAUAACCCAUGAUCCAAAAGGACUCAGAAGUCUUCAAAGAAUUGGAAUUGGGCUUGUUCUGUCAGUGGUGGCGAUGGUAGUAUCUGCUAUAUGUGAAAAAAAAAGGCGGGAAAUGCAGGUGAAUCAAAAUAUUAAAAUGAAUUCUUUUUGGCUGGUCCCGCAGUUUUUCUUGGUUGGUGCGGGUGAAGCAUUUGCUUAUGUUGGGCAGCUUGAGUUUUUCAUCACAGAAGCACCCGAGAGGAUGAAAUCCAUGAGCACAGGACUAUUUUUGAGUACUUUAUCUAUGGGGUUUUUUGUGAGUAGCAUGUUAGUGUCAUUGACAAAUAUGCUAUCGCAUGGGACUUGGCUCAAGAGCAACUUGGAUCAAGCAAAGUUGGAGAAUUUUUAUUGGAUGGUUGCAAUUCUGGGAGUGUUCAACUUUUUAGCUUUUUUGAUUUUAGCAUCUCGGCAUGAGUAUAAAACACAUCACUAUGGUGAAUCUAGUAGUGGUCGUGAAGAAGAGAUUGAGGCUCAGAAAGAGGGAAAAGAUCAAAGUGUUAAAGGAAAGGAAGAAGCCUAAUACACAUAUUUUGGUGCUACAUAAAUAAUGCUAUACACAUAGCUUAACUUUGAAAUAUAUAUGUAGUAUAUAUUCCUAUCACAGGAGUACUACAAUAACAAUGUCUCAAACUUGCGCAAAAUAGAUAAACUCAAAUGGACUUUUAAAAGUAUGGGAAAUCAGGAAAAUUUAAUCCUGAAGUACACGAGAAAAAGAUAGAAAAAGAUGGCCAGUCAGGAGUCACUAUAUGCAGAUGUUGCAAAGCACUAUUCUGCUUCAGUACAUGGUACAAUUAUUUCAUCCCAUAAGAUUUGUAUGUAAGCCUACUGUAUAUUUAAGCAGUGGUUGUUGAGAACUUCAU